AUGCUCGAAGCACUCACUAGCACCCUCCCCGGGCGCUACUUCACCGGCAUGACCACCAACGGCGGCGGCCCGUCCCACACCGACGCCGAGGACAACUUCUUCCUCGAGUACGACCUGACGCAGGAGGCGCCGCCGGGGCAGAGCAGUAGCAGCCCGCACGAGGAGGAGCAGGGCGGCUCGCAGCAGCGGGCGUCCCAGCACUCGGGGCACAGCCUGCUCGCGAGCCAGCACUCGGCGAGCACGGUCGCUGCGGCGGCGAUGCUCACGCAGCUCGGGUACGGUUACGAGCACGAGCACGAGGGCGGCCACACCGAGGCCGAUUACCACGCGGCAGCCGCGGCCGCGGCGCACGAGUCGGACAGCAGCGCGAGCAACGCCCUCGCUGUGCCCGAGGAAGCCGAGGAGGAGGAGGAAGACGACUUUGACUACGUCGCGGAUGCGGACAAGUUCGACGUCGGCACCGAGCUGGUGCAGCGCUGGGACGCGCUGCAGGCGCAGCUCGAGGCCGCGAUCAAGGACUACUCUGACGGCGUGAUCCGCGAGGCCUACACCACCACCCUCCAGGUCACCAAGAUGCUCGGACGCAUGAACGACGAGUGCCAUGCCGAGCUUGAGCGCGGCGUGGCGCUCAUCCAGGCCGAGGAGGGCAAGCAUGAUGCGGCCAUCGCGCGCAUGCGCAGCGCUAUGGACCUGAUGGAGCGCGCGUGUAAAGCCCUCGAUGGGAAGUAGGCUGCGUCGGGGCCGUAGCUCGGCCACACUCGCCCCGCCUGUACCCAGCCACUCGCUCGCCCUCGUGCCUCAUGUAGCCUCCUGUCCAUACCAGAAUCCAAC